CCGACUUCAUCAUCCAUGAUCUUGAUGUUCAGGUUCGCCAUGGCUGUCAUUCUCCGACUCCAUCCGGCACUGUUUAUAGGGCGCUUCCUCUACCCAGCGUAUCGCUCAGCGCCCCUUAUAGUCUUCCUCUGCCAAAUCCCGUCUUUAAUUUAUGCUUUCUCCGGUCUGUCUGGAGUCAAAAUGCAAACGCCAUCUGACUCGAGUACUUUUAGCUCUCGUUCAUUCCUCUUCCACCUAGGCGGGUCAUGGAAUAUCUCUCGUCUAAAUGGAAUGUUGAGCACAUGAUUAAGAGAUUACCCUGCGCUGCGUGGGAAGCUUGUUGUCGUUACUUAGGACGCUUGGUGACCGGAUCUUCGGGGAGCAUCGCCGCGUUAUCGUCUUCCCAGCCAAAGCUGUGUAAUAGC